AUGUCCAGAGCUUUCAUUGACUUUCUAGGACACAUUAAGCCCCGUCUUGUUGGAGGAGACGGCGCCUGCUCAGGACGUGUAGAGAUAAAACAUGGAAACACGUGGACCAGAGUCUGUGAUGCACAUUUUGAUCUCAAAGUUGCGAACAUUAUCUGUAAUGAACUACAGUGUGGAAUAGCUGUAUCUAUCCCAGGAGGAGGUCACUUCGGAGAAGGACAAGGGUUGAUCUUGACUGAAGAAUUCCAGUGUGUGGGGAAUGAGUCUCUCCUGUUCUUCUGUCCCAGAAUAUCAGAAGUGAAUCAGACGUGCUCACACACAAAUGACGCUGAUGUCAUAUGCUCACGUUUCCGGCUAGUGAACGGCAGCACAGCAUGCUCAGGGAGGGUGGAGAUCCAGGUUCUUGGUGCCUGAGGAACCCUCUGUGACUCACACUGGGAUUUACCAGAUGCCAACGUUCUCUGUCAUCAGCUCAACUGUGGGUUUGCUGAAUCGGCUCCAGGAGGAGCAUAUUUUGGGAAAGGAACUGACUCUGUCUGGACAGACACAUAUCACUGUAAAGGGACUGAACCCCAUUUGGGUCAUUGCCCUGUUACUGCCCUGGGGGCCUCUCAGUGCUCACACGACAAUGAUGCCAGUGUGAUUUGCUCAGGUCGCUCUGAAUCACUCAGACUGCUGAAUGGAGAGAGCCAGUGUGACGGGAGAGUUGAGAUUUCUCUCCGUGGUGCGUGGGGCAGAGUGCUGGAUGACCAAUGGGACAUGAACGAUGCCAGCGUGGUGUGUAGGCAGCUCCAGUGCGGAGUCGCUGAGAAAGCUUUUAACCCCCCUAAGUCUGAGCAAGGAACGGGCCUUGUGGGGCUGAGAAGGGUCCAGUGUGCAGGAAAUGAGACUCGUCUGACUUUUUGUGACAACUCCACGUCUGAGACAUUCCAGGCAGGAAUUGCUGUUGAUGUUGGUGUCGUUUGCUCAGGGAGCAGGCGGAUCAGAUUGGUGAAUGGAACAGGUCGCUGUGCCGGGAGAGUGGAGAUUUAUUACAAUGGCAGCUGGGGGACAGUUUGUGAUGAUUUCUGGGACCUACCAGACUCCAAUGUUGUUUGCAAACAACUGGGAUGUGGACAUGCCAUCAGUGCAACUGUCUCUGCUCAUCAUGGGAAAGGAUCCGGGCAGAUCUGGCUAGAUGAUGUGAACUGCUUUGGGAAUGAAUCCGAUCUCUGGUCAUGUGGUUCCAGGGGCUGGGGCCAGCACAACUGCAGGCACAAAGAAGACGCGGGAGUUCUCUGCUCAGAAUUCACAGAUCUGAGGCUGGUGAGCGACAGUGACUGUGCUGGGCGGCUGGAGGUUUUCUACAAUGGGACGUGGGGCAGUGUUUGCUCCAAUCAGAUGUCUGGAGACACCCCAACAAUUGUCUGCAAACAGCUGAACUGUGGGGAGGGAGGACAGAUCGAAAGAAACUUUGAAUAUGGAGCAGGUUCUGGUCCCACGUGGCUGGACCAUGUUGCAUGCAGUGAGCAGCACGGCUCCCUCUGGCAAUGCCUGUCAGACCCCUGGGAUCCAAAGUCAUGUGAUAACCGAGCAGAAGAGACCCAUAUUUCUUGUGCUGGAAAAAAAGCAAAACCAACUCAGACCCCAUUUACCGAAUGCCCAAACUCUCCAAUCUGCACAGACCAGGAGAAGUUACGUGUCGUGGGAGGAGAGGACAGAUGCUCGGGCAGAGUGGAGGUUUGGUACCGUGGCUCCUGGGGAACAGUUUGUGAUGACUCCUGGGACAUGGCAGAUACUAAAGUUAUGUGUAAAAAACUGGGCUGUGGAUCUGCUGUAUCUGCCCCGGCUGAGGCUGCAUUUGGUGAGGGGACUGGUCCCAUCUGGGUGGAGAAAUUGAAUUGCCGAGGGACAGAGUCAUCUCUCUGGGACUGUCCUGCGAAGCCCUGGGGUGAGAGCAACUGUGACCAUAAGGAUGAUGCUGCUGUGAAUUGCUCAGCUCCCCCGCGCCGCCUUCAGACUGACAGUGGGAGAGUCAUGGUGCCCGUGGUCAUCUGCAUUAUCCUGGGGGCCCUGCUCUGCUUGGUCUUAAUCAUCCUGGGGGCGCAGGUGCGAAGUGCCAAGGCACAGCGCAGAGGCUCCAGAAGACCCUUGGAUCCCUUCUCUGAGGCUGUGUACGAGGAGAUUGAUUAUAACCUGAUGAGAGAGAAGCAGGAGAUGUUCAGUCGCUCAGUCUCCUAUUCAGAUGACUCAGUAGCGAAGCUGCAAUAUUACACUAGGGACAGCGAGGGGGAAAAUGAUCCUGGAUCAGAACAAGAGGGAGUUUCCCGGAGGGGGUCUCAGUUUGAUUAUGAUAAUGUGGAGGAGCCUGCAUUGAACGAUGUGCCCCAGACUCCAGACAGCCGAGAUGCCCCUGCCGUGCCUGGAGAUGUCCCAGGGGAUGGUUAUGAUGAUGUCAGAGAAUUGUCUGACCCUGAAGGUGACCCUGCUUUGUGGCAGAAUGAUGAGGAAGACAAUGAGGCGAAUGACAGGGACAGAGAUUCACAGACCGGUUGGAGUCGGCACUCGCAAAGGGGUGAAGUUGUCUCUGGGAUGGAGAAGGAAACCCAAUCCCUGCCUCCUGGAGACACAGGUUAUGAUGAUGUGGGACAUGGUGACUCUGGGGGUUCAAUAUCAUAACAAUUUGAUUGUACAAAAUAACCCCGUGAUGAUGUAAAUGCUUCACCUCUUUCUCUUAGAAAUUAUGCGCAGAGAAAGUCCCUUCCUGGUUGAUGAACAAAGCAGGUGUUUUUAUAGGAUUUGUGUGAAGUUGCAGGAAUUAUAAUAGCGAGUGGGAAAAGGCUCAUAAGCUUUCUUUGUAUAAUUUCCCAUUGUUUGGAAGGGGUGGAACUUUCCUGCUUUUUUAUGUCUGUAAUUUCUUCAGCUUGACUUUGUGCCUUUUUCAUAUUAAAUCCUUUCUGAAAGUCUUCCCCUUAGUGGAUGUUUUUCUUGCCAGAUGAACUGUGCAGU